CCGGAACCCCCUUACGAUCGUAAGCGACGGCACCAGGAGGAUUCCGGUUCCGAGCCCAGCGACUACGAGGAGCAGAAGGAAGAAGAAGAAGCUCGAAAAGUCAAAAGCGGCAUCCGCCAGCUUCGCCUCUUCAGCGCCGAGGAGUGCGCCAAGAUCGAAGCUCGGAUCGAGGACGUGGUGUCCCGGGCGGAGAAGGGGCUCUACAAGGAGCACACGGUCGAUCGGGCGCCGCUACGGAACAAGUAUUUUUUUGGGGAAGGCUACACCUACGGGUCUCAACUGCAGAGACGAGGCCCCGGCCAGGAGCGCCUAUACCCGCGGGGGGAGGUGGACGCCAUCCCCGAGUGGGUGCACGACCUGGUGAUCAGGAAGCUGGUGGAGCACCGGGUGAUUCCCGAGGGCUUUGUGAACAGUGCCGUCAUCAACGACUACCAGCCGGGGGGCUGCAUUGUCUCCCACGUGGACCCCAUCCAUAUCUUCGAGAGGCCCAUCGUCUCCGUCUCCUUCUUCAGCGACUCGGCGCUCUGCUUUGGGUGUAAAUUCCAGUUCAAACCCAUCAGGGUCUCGGAGCCCGUUCUCUUCUUGCCCGUGAAGAGAGGAAGCGUCACGGUGCUCAG